AUGAACGUAGUUCACGGCUUGAAGAGGAUUCCUCGCAUCAAAUUUCCCCAGCGACAUUUGAAUCCUUCAGCUACGGAGGGCAAGAAUCAGGUGGCGAAUGAAGCGGAUACAUUCUUCUUCUCCAAUUUGAAUAUGCCAAAGACUGUGGGAGGGAAGGCAUCACUGCAGCCAAAGCGUACGCCAGUUACAAACGAAGAAAUGGAAGCCAUUUUGGUAAGUAACUUGUUCAACAUGACUAGUUUUGCCUCAACCAUUUCAGAGUUUUACUUCUCUUGA